AUGGAUAAUCCAAUAGCCGCAAACAUCCUAGGAACCGCCGGCGCAGUCUGCUGGUCCAUCCAGCUCAUCCCCCAAAUCAUCAAAAACUACCGCCUCCAUAGCACCAAGGGCCUCCAUCACACAAUGUACAUAUCCUGGGCCAUUGCCGGCAUCCCCCUCGGCGUCUACAACCUCGCCCAAGACCUCAACGUAGCCCUCCAAGUCCAGCCCAACAUCCUCAUCUUUCUCAGCCUCGUCGCCUGGGCCCAGUGCAAAUACUACGGCGAUCGUUGGCGCUUACCCCGCGUGCUGCUCGCCACGGCCCUGGUCGGCGCUUUGAUCGGCGGCGUGGAGGCCGGGUUGUAUUUCGCGCUGAGGUUAGGAAAGAGGAGGGGGGUCGAGUGGCCUUUGACGUUGAUGGCUGUGUUGGCUGCGCUGUUGCUUGCCGUUGGCGUGUUACGGUAUUAUUGGGAGAUUUAUCGGGCGAGGUCCGUUCAGGGUAUUUCGUACUUGUUUGUCUCUAUCGAUGCUGGUGGGGACCUUGUUUCCAUUCUUGCUAUCUUGUUUAGCCCGCGGAUUGAUGUUGUGGGUAUCGUCGUCUACUCGGUCGAGUUGGUACUUUGGAUCGGGAUUGGACUCUUGGGCGUUCAUUAUAGGCUGCGGGUGUGGAUAUGCAAGAAGCUGUCGAAAGAAGAAGAAGGAGGAGAAAACAGUUGA